AUCGAACUCUGGCCCACCUAAAAACCUAGGUCUCGGUCUGGUAGAAGAAAACAAUAGCGCAGUACAGUGUGAAUGCAAGCAGACCGGGCACCGCUCCACAAGCAGGAAGUGGAACUACAACGAGAACAGGAAGUGGACUACAACGUAGGGCAUUCUGGGUAAAUACAACCAAACGCGCGUUAACAUUAGCAGGAGAAAAUGGCUCGUGGUCAGACGUGGAGUGAAGAGGAGAUAAAGGCCCUCAUACAAGUAUGGUCAGAUGAAAAUAUUUCGCAGUUACUUGUUACAACUCACAAGAACAACGAGGUUUACAGGCUAAUUAGUUUGAAAAUGGAGGAGUUGGGAUUCCAGCGCACAGCUGAACAGUGCCGCAACAAGGUAAAAAAACUUCGCCAACAAUAUAUUAAAAUACGUGACAUGCUCAGGAAAAGUGGCAGUUCAGCAGACAUGAAGGACAAGUUUCCUUGGUACGAUGAACUAGAUGUUGUUCUUGGCACUCAACACACGAGCAGCCCACAACAUGUUCUGGAGUCCUACCAAGCAGAGACUCCGCCGCCAUCCACCCUGGCACCGAGCGACUCCGAAUCCACAGAGCAGGGUCAGGACUCAGAAAAAAGUGAUAAAAGUGCCACUGACUUUGAAGUUGAACAGGCAGCCCCCACAAGCUCCCUGCUGGAUGAAGAAAGGGGCCUACCAAGGCUGGCUGUACCUGGGGCUCAGAAAAGAAAGAAAAAGACAAAGGCUGACAGGUUUGAGAACUUGUGUGAGAGCUACAUGGAUGACCAGAGAAAAAGGGAUGAGGAUGAAUGCAAAAGAAUGAAGCAGGAGUCUGCGUCUUUUGAGAGCUUUUUAAAAAUGCAGCAGCAAGCUGAAGAAAAACAUUUCCAGUUAAUGCAAGAGCAGCAGAAGGCCAACAGCCAGAUGUUCUUUCAGAUGAUGUCUACGUUUCUUCAUGCUGCAAUGCCCCAAUCCGUGACGCCACCUACCACACAGCAGUGGAUGCCUCCUACUCAAGUCAGGCCCACUGCAUCCUCUCACCACCAGCAUAAUACACCAACCCACCACACUGCACCAGCACCAGCCCAAACCCCACAGGAGCAAUACAUGGCAGCCACAUCUCAGCAUUCAGCAUCUGUUAUAGGUGAUGUCAACAAUGAUAUCUUUGAUCUGUAGUUAAUACAAGUGAAAAUAUCA